AUGUUUCCAUCGGCCACCGAGUCCCGGGGCAUCUUCGUCCUCAGGAAAACCGUCAUAGCGAAGAAGCUCAAUAGGAGAAGCUGAGUUCAGUAGGAGAUUGGAUUAGACAACUGGAGGUCCAGGAGGGGGAGUACCAGUCAAGGAGGAGAACCAGUACCUGGAAGGACCUGAAAACGUAGACGAAGGAAUUCCGCUUCAUGAGAAGCAGCUCUCUCUCGAUGCAAGCCUUCAGUAGCUCCUUCUUGCUGACGCCGUAUUUGGACGUGGUCAGAGCCGCAGGGUGGCUCUUGGUCCUGUCGAACGGCACCGCGAGCUCCUUUGUCAUAUCCUUCCCCACAUGGAAGGCCUUAAAGGACUCGGUGAAGUCGUUCACUGGCACGAAUCGGUAAGGCUCCCCGUGGCGGGCCCAGUACUGCCCUUGGUCCUUUCUCGACGUCACCUGGAGAAGAUUUUCAAGAUAAAAUUUCGAACUUUGCCUUCCGAGAAGAUCAUCGGAAAGUUUUCACGGAAACAGGGGAGACGCUGACCUCUUGAAGGAAGUCGGCGAUGCCCUUCCUCUCAGGGCACUUGAAGCCCAUGAACUCGAAGAACUCGAGGACAUCCUCGCGGGGGCCUUGGUAGACGAUCUGCCCAUCGGAGAGGAGGAUGAUGUCGUCGAAGAGGUCGUACGUCUCCGGCGCCGGCUGGAGCAGCGAGAUGAGGGCAGUUCCCCCGAGGAUGUGGAUUGACUGCCUCAGAGCCUUUACGAUCUGGAAGGUGGUCGAGCUAUCCAGACCGGUCGAUAUCUCGUCCAUGAACAGAGCUCUCGCGGGUCCAACCAUCAUCUCCCCUGCGAUGGUUCAGCGGAGGCUUCUUUAAUAGGGAGAAGUAGAAUGAAAGAAGGAUCUUCAGAACUCUCUCUCUCUCUCUCUCUCUCUCUCUCUAUCUAUCUAUCUACUUAUCUACCUCUCUCUCUCUCUCUCUAUCUACUUAUCUAUCUCUCUCUUUUGAUCUCUCGCUCUCUACCUGUGGUGACGCGCUUCCUUUGGCCGCCGGAGACGCCCCUCACCAUCUCAUCACCCACCAUGGUGUCAGCACAGAUGUCCAACCCUAGGAUCUGCAGGAGGAAGAUUCGUAUUGAAUAAGAAGCGAGGAGUCAACGAUGAAACUGAGAAAGUUGCAAAGGUAAUCGGAGGCCUGCCUUGAGGAUGUAGUCUGUCACUACGCUGGCUUGUUGGCCUUCCAUUGCAGCGGACUGUAUUUGGAAAGAGGACCGUCAGUGGCCUCACAAAUGGAAUUUUAGAGAGAGCAAUCUUAGCGAAGAGUUCUUACCUUCAUGAAGACGUCGAUGUCAGCAUCUGGCUUGAUGUUGGCCUCCUUCUCUCUUCUCGACAACUCCGACAGCAUCUCUGCGAUCGCAGUAGGAAAUUAUUCACUGCGUAAUCUAUGGGAAUUCAUUCGGGCAAAAACCAGGUGGAACAGAGCUCACCGUAGCGCGUUCCUACGCCUUGACAUCUAGCAGAGAAGGCCAGUGUUUCCCGAACAGUCAUCUCCCCGAUGUGGAGAUCAUACUGACUGAUGUAGGCGGCUGUUCUUUCCGGGACGAACUCGUCCAAUCCGUGUCCAUUGUAGGUUAUGUUCCCCGAAACCUUCUCACACCAAAAAACGCGAAGUUCGAGAAUCAACCGAGAGAUCGGAGGAAGAAGAUGAUGAAGAUGGAGAACAAGAACAAGAAGAAACCUUGAUGUCUGAGCCCAGCUUCCCAGCGAGGGCCAGCAAAAGGGACGUUUUCCCCGAUCCCGGGGGACCCAAAAGCAGAGUCAUCCUGGAGAACAGUGAAGACAGAGAUUAAGGGGAAUUCUGAAAGCCAUGGGCCGUGGGAGCGAGCAAACUCGAUCAUUCUCAUCUUCCAUACCUGCGAGGUUUGAUGAUGCCGCUAACAUUAUGAAGGAUGGAGAUAGGUUGCUUCCUGCUGGGCAGGAUGCGGAGAGCGCCCGCCGCGACCUUAAAAAAAACUCAGCUGUUCGAAUCAGGCCCGCAAGGGGAAACCAGGUCACCUUGUUGGAUCCUUCGCGAAAAGCUCUACCUCCAGGAUGUUCAUAGCGGAGUUGAGGACGGUGGGCAGCGCUCUACCCCCGACGUGAGCCUCCGCCACGAUCUUGAGGUCCUCGAAACGCACUUCGAUCGUAGGAAGGUCGAGGCCCACUCUGACAUGAACCAGAGGGGGAAAAAAAAAACUCAAGACUUCCGCCAAAAAUUUCCUAGCGGAGAUGAUUCCAGGCUAUGACGGGAAUCAGAAACUGUUAGAAGACAGGAUGAUAUUUUAUACAUUACUUACCGAUCAAUGCGAUUCCUGAGCUUCAACAGGAAACUUUCGUUGUCCUCGUCGGCAAUCCUGACCAGCCUCUCGAGCAGGGUCUUCCUCUCCUGGUUCCCUAGGUCCUUAAUCUCGAUCUCCCUGUGCCCGCCUUCGGCGCCGAUGAGGAUGCCCUUCCUUAUGCGGCUGUAGGUGGGGAGCUUCUCCAAGGCCGCCCAUUUCAGCGCCUCCUCGUCGUCCUCUUCCCUGGACGAUCUUGAGAACACGUCCUCGGAGUCCCUCCAGCUGUUCCGUCUCAGGCUCCCGACUCUGUAUAUGCUGCCCGUAUCCAUCUCUGCGGAGCAGAAGAUGGAGGAGAGGGCCUCGGAAGCCGCUGCAGCAGCUGCAGUUGUUCCUGAGCCGUCGGCCUCACCCUGCUGGUUCGAUGGAGAGAAUGCGGCUUGGUUCAAUGUGAAGGAAGCAAACACGUCGAGGAUCACCACGGGGGGUUUUCGCCGGGUUCCCUUCUGGUGA